CCCGCUUCCAGGUAGGCGGGGCGCGCGCUCUGGGGCUGAAUGUCCGGGCUGCGGGCGCUCCUGGGGUUUGGGCUGCUGGUGGCGGGCUCGCGCCUGCCGCGCGUGCACCUGCAGGCCGGUGCCUGUCGUCCGAGUCUCACCUGGUGGGGGUCACAGCGGCUGGUCUCGGGGGGCCGCAGUGGGGGGCCCGCAGCCAUGGCGAGCCCAGCCGUGAAGUACCUGAGCCAGGAGGAGGCCCAGGCCGUGGACGAGGAGCUGUUUAACGAGUACCAGUUCAGCGUGGACCAGCUGAUGGAGCUGGCCGGGCUGAGCUGCGCCACGGCCAUUGCCAAGGCCUAUCCCCCCGCAUCCAUGUCCAGGAGCCCCCCGGCUGUCCUGAUCGUCUGUGGGCCAGGAAAUAAUGGAGGCGACGGUUUGGUCUGUGCGAGACACCUCAAGCUCUUUGGCUACCAGCCGACCGUCUACUAUCCCAAGAGGCCCAGCAAGCCCCUCUUCAGCGCGCUGGUGACCCAGUGUCAGAAGAUGGAUAUCCCUUUCCUUGGCGAAAUGCCUUCAGAGCCCAGUCUGAUUGAUGAACUCUAUGAGCUGGUGGUGGACGCCAUCUUUGGCUUCAGCUUCAAGGGGGAUGUUCGAGAGCCUUUCCGCAACAUCUUGAGUGUCCUGCAUGGAGUGACUGUGCCCAUUGCCAGCAUCGACAUUCCCUCAGGAUGGGACGUGGAGAAGGGAAACUCGGGAGGAAUCCAGCCAGACAUGCUCAUCUCCUUGACAGCACCCAAAAAGUCUGCAACCCAGUUUACUGGUCGCUACCACUACCUUGGGGGGCGUUUUGUACCACCUGCACUGGAAAAGAAAUACCAGCUGAAUCUGCCAGCCUACCCCGACACAGAGUGUGUAUACCGCCUCCAGUGAAGAAAGGUGGUGGGUGUCCUCAGUGUAGGCUCAGCGCCUUUCUCCCAGAACUGGGGUCCCGGGAGCUUCUGGCAAUAAAGGCUGGGUGGCAGGAGCCAGAAAGCAA